AAGCCAAAACCUCUGAGAAACCAUGCUCUGCUUCUGCACCUCCAAAAAUGGCUGCUUUUGCAAAAACCUCUCCGGUCCCUCUCCGCCCAGACUAUUCUAAUCAUCAAAUUCCCAAAACCCACAACCCCAAACUCCUCAGCUUCUCUCAGAACCUCCAAGCCCACCACCACCUCUCCUUCAAAAGAACCCAAGAAGUCUCAGUCCUCAACACCUCCCUCUCCUCCUCCUCUGUCACCACCCACAACCCAAAUUCAGAUAUAUGUCAACUAUGCCUUACUGGAAACUUAGAACAAGCUCUAAAGCUCCUAGACUCAAUGCGAGAGCUUCAAAUUUUUGUAGAAGAAGAUGCUUAUGUUGCUUUAUUAAGGCUAAGCGAGUGGAAGAGAGCGUAUGAUGAGGGGGCUAGAGUGUACUCACACGUUUCGAAUUCGAUGACCCGAUUAAGUGUUAGACUUGGCAAUGCUUUAUUGAGUAUGUUUGUGAGGUUUGGUGAUUUGGGUAAUGCUUGGUAUGUGUUUGGGAGGAUGGAGGAGAGGGAUGUGUUUUCUUGGAAUGUGUUGGUGGGUGGGUAUGCCAAGGCGGGGUUUUUCGACGAGGCAUUGAAUUUGUAUCACAGAAUGUUGUGGGUUGGUAUUCAGCCGGAUGUGUAUACUUUUCCUUGUGUGUUGAGGACUUGUGGGGGCGUGCCAGACUUGGCGAGGGGGAGGGAGGUUCACGUGCAUGUGUUAAGAUUUGGGUUUGAGUCGGAUGUCGACGUGGUUAAUGCUUUGAUUACUAUGUAUGUGAAAUGCGGGGAUGUUCUAACUGCACGGUUGGUGUUUGAUAGAAUGCCGAGAAGAGAUAGGAUUUCGUGGAAUGCGAUAAUUUCUGGGUAUUUUGAGAAUGGAGAGUGUUUGGAAGGGUUAAGAUUGUUUCUUUUGAUGCGUGAACUUUCUAUUGAUCCAGAUUUGAAGACCAUGACUAGUGUGAUCUCUGCCUGUCAGCUUCUUGGUGACGUGAGAUUAGCCAGGGAAGUCCAUGGUUAUGUUAUGAGAACAGAGUUUGGAGCCGAUGUUUCAGUGCAUAAUUCUUUAAUUCAGAUGUACUCAACUGUUGGGCAAUGGGAGGUUGCGGAAAAAGUUUUUUCUAUAAUGGAAUAUAAAGAUGUAGUGUCAUGGACGGCGAUGAUUUCAAGUUAUGAGAAUAACAUGCUACCUGCUAAAGCCGUGGAAACUUACAAAUUGAUGGAGCUAGAGGAUGUCCAGCCUGAUGAGAUCACUAUAGCUAGUGUUCUAUCUGCUUGCGCUUGUUUAGGCCAUUUAGAUAUGGGUGUUAAACUUCAUGAGCUUGCUAACAGGACAGGGCUCAUCUCAUAUCCUUUAGUUGCUAACACGCUCAUUGAUAUGUAUUCCAAGUGUAAAUGCAUUGACAAAGCUUUAGAUGUUUUUCACUCUAUUCCGGACAAGAAUGUGAUAUCUUGGACUUCAAUCAUUGUCGGGCUCCGAGUCAACAAUAGGAGCUUUGAGGCUUUGAUUUUCUUCCGCCAAAUGAAACCCAAUUUAAAGCCAAAUUCGGUGACCUUAAUUUCUGUUCUAUCUGCAUGUGGUAGAAUAGGAGCUUUGAUGUGUGGAAAAGAGAUUCAUGCCCAUGCAUUGAGGACUGGAGUAGGGUUUGACGGUUUUAUACCCAACGCACUUUUGGACAUGUAUGUAAGGUGUGGAAGAAUGGGACCUGCAUGGAACCAAUUUAAUGGACACAAAAAAGAUGUUGCAGCAUGGAAUAUUCUGCUGACAGGGUAUGCCGAGCGGGGGCAAGGAGCACAUGCUGUGGAACUAUUCCAAAGAAUGGUGGGGGAACUGGUUAGUCCAGAUGAUAUUACAUUUAUUUCGCUGUUGUGUGCUUGUAGUAGAUCUGGUUUGGUGACAGAAGGUUUGGAGUAUUUCCAUAGCAUGCAAUAUCAGUACCAUAUCACCCCUAAUCUGAAGCAUUAUGCAUGCAUUGUUGAUUUGCUUGGCCGUGCUGGGCAAUUGGAGGAUGCCCAUGAGUUCAUUCAGAAAAUGCCUAUUGAACCUGAUCCAGCCAUAUGGGGAGCCUUGCUGAAUGCAUGUAAGAUCCACCGCCAAGUUGAGCUUGGCGAACUCGCCGCACAUCAUAUCUUCGAAACGAAUACAACUAGUGCUGGGUAUUAUAUUCUCCUAUGUAAUCUCUAUUCUGACAGUGGUAAAUGGGAUGAAGUUGCAAAAGUGAGAAGGAUGAUGGGACAGACAGGGCUUACUGUAGAUCCUGGGUGCAGUUGGGUGGAGGUAAAGGGAAAAGUUCAUGCUUUCCUUAGUGAUGAUGAUUUCCACCCUCAAAUAAAGGAAUUAAAAGCAGUCUUGGAGGGAUUUUAUGUGAAAAUGAAGGCAGUCGGUUUUAGUGGGCCAGAAAAGAGUUCUAUGGAUGAAGUUGAAGCUUCAAAAGCUGAUAUUUUUUGUGGGCACAGUGAGAGACUGGCCAUUGCAUUUGGGCUCAUUAACACUGCCCCUGGGGUGCCUAUUUUGGUGACCAAGAAUCUAUACAUGUGCCAGAGCUGUCACAAUACUGUCAAAUUUAUCUCUAAGGUUGUUCGCAGGGAGAUAUCUGUUAGGGAUACUGAACGGUUCCACCAUUUCAAGGAUGGCAUCUGUACUUGUGGAGAUGAAGGUUAUUGGGGAAAGCCUGAUAUAUAAGAGUGCUGAAGGAAUUUCUAAUUUUGUGUUAACUAGUGAUAAAAAAGGGAAUGACAGACUUCAGGAUGGUUGCACUCAAGUCUUUAAUGGGCCUAAAGGAUCAUGAUCAUGAAUUGGCCCUUUAAAUCCUUAAAGGUGCCUUGGGAGGAAAAGAUAGAAUAGACCAUGAGAAUUUGCAUUUCAAGAAAAGCUUGAACAUCAUACACAUAUGUUUCCAAGUGGUGGUCGACUGAAUAAAGAAGCUGCUGCUUUUCAGAUCAGGAGAACUGAUAUAGGAAUUUUGAGGGAAGCUGCCAAUGAAAAUUUUGUUAACUCCUGCUCCUCAGGGCAUUGUUAUCUUGAUGAUGGUUGUUGCUAAACUGUGGGUUUAUUCUCGGGAUUUGGGAUUUGAUAGAUGUAGUUCCCUGUAAAUGUCCAACAGACAAAAAAAAAAAAAAAACACCCUUGUGAAAGGGCUCACUGACUGUUGAAUGUAUAUGGUUUUGUUAAAUUAUUGAUGUGAUAUAAUAUCAAUAUACUUCUUCCUCCCAAAUUUGUCAUCUCAUGAUAUCCAUGUCGUCAGAAGAAAGUAAUCAACGCUAAAGAG